AUGAAUCGUGUUAAGACGACAUUUUGUAACUAUUACAAAGGGAUAGUAAAUAAAAACAGCCUUUUUCAAUUAAAGAAUAAUACUAAUAAUAUGAAUGGACGACACAUAAGUACUAGCCAUAUAAAUUUUAACAAAAAUAAUGAAGCACAAACUGCAAAUAAUUUACCUAAGGCAACCAGAGUGCCCAUCAUGCGUUUCUUUUACGGGAUUAUAGCUCUUAUGGCAAUUGUUCCUAUUUGUCAGUCUCUAUAUGAAACUGAUAAAUAUUAUAAAGAAAACAAGCACUUAUAUGAAAAAGGAGAGGCCUAA